CAAAUUUGCAAAUAUGCUGGAGAUAUGGUUAUUCCUGCAAGUGCCAUUUCAAGUUAUGGAGAGGCUUUCCAUGUUCCUGAUAUAAUCGAAAGCACUGUUGGAUUAUUGUCGUCUGCUGAAGUUACCUGCCACCAGCCACCACUUGUAGACUCGUGCGAAGAUAUUGUGGAAAAUGUUCCGAUACAGAAUGAAGGAAAUGCCGGAGAUAAACAAGCUUUAAUGGCAAUAAACAGUCGAUCUAUGAAGCAACAUCAUCAAACCGAGAAAGUAGAAGGAGAGAGCUCCCACCCUUCUCGUAUUGCAACAUCAGAGCCUAAUAACGCAACAAAAAACGUUGUCUCAGGAGCAAUCAAUUCUGAGAUCAUGUCUAGCUUCAGACAUAUGUUUCAGUAAAAGAAAACGAGGGGA